AUGGUGGAUGUGAAGUGUCUCAGUGACUGCAAAUUACAGUAUGAACUCCAUAAGCUUGGAUUUUCACCUGGCCCAAUACUACCGUCCACCAGAAGAGUAUAUGAAAAAAAGUUGGUGCAGUUGUUGGUCUCCACUCCCUGUACAUCUCUUGUGCUGGGUGGACCCAGAGAGCGGGACAGAAUUGAAGACCUUGACAUCAGUGGAGGUACCUUGUGA